AUGGCAACGAAAGUGUUUAAGCACUUCCAUGCGGACCGACGCGUCGCCCACUGGGUUGGACGUGUUCGUGCCGCCUGCUUCUUACCAGCAGACAAAAUCGAACAACUAGGCGUCUUCUCAAUUCCUCAUUCAGUUACGCACGCCGAACCGGCCCUGCAUGCUGCUGCUAGCGCAUUCGCAGAUUACCUGAGGAACACGUGGCUGAUCAGAUUCCGGAGCAUGUUCGUGCACCAUGACAGCCUGAGGCACCGCACUACAAACUUUUCUGAAUCUUUUCAUAAUACGUUGCGGUCACUUCUAGGGCAAAUCCCGUCAAUCGGCAAAUUCUACGAGCGAAUCCGUGAGCUCUUCUUCAAGUGGUCCGUGGAGGCGGCGAAUUUGACGCGACCUAACCCCGUGUUGAAGGCCGCUACGAUCAGAGGGCACCGUGAACGUCGACUAGAUCAAGACACGGAAUGUCUCGCUGUGAUGACGCUGGCUAAUCGUUUGAAAAUUAACACUCAAGGGAACACCAGUACCCAGGAAACACAAAUCCGGUUGACCGAUGUCCUACAACUGGGUUCGUUUAUGCUGCAAGUUGCAAUGCACCUUCAACGC